CGCGGCGCCGCGACGCCAACGGUCGUGUGCCGAGCAGCACGUCGACGACGUGUUCCUCGCCCAGGAUCAUGCAUAUUUACGUUGCGCCGCAGAGAACACAUCGACGGUCUGGCUGUUUCACGAGGAAUGACUCAGGGGCUCUGCGCCCCUGCGACGUUCGACGACUGCGGGCGGGAGAGGCGCUGGGGGGUGCGAGGCGCGUGCUAGGUUCUCGUGUGCAUUGCGCAGGACGUCGGCGCCCUGGCGUCGCGACCACCCCCCGAGCGAUUCGGUCGUUGUUUGCUGGCUCCAUAUCGCGAACGCCCGCGUGGAGAAGACGAUCGUGUCGUUGUCUGUUCCAUCAACCUUCGCGCUUCUCAUUCACGUUCCUCGCUUUGACGGUGAAGGGAUUGACAGAUCCUCGGCGCAGUUUCUCGGUUGAGUUUCUCUUCGAUUCAACGUAUUGAUCGUGUCACGAGUAUUUCGUGUACGAUACGGUAGGAUACACAGAGUAGAAACGUAGAAAGAAGACGGAGUGCCAUUCUGUUUGCGUAAAGCUGGCGUUUGGGCGGUGAGGGGGAGUGGUGGUGGUGGUGGUGGUUGCGGUAAAACGUGUCCACGAACCUUGCUCUCUCCUCCUCCUCCUUGACCCCCCUCCUCGGGCCGGCACAACAGGACGUUGACGACAAGGGUGAAAAGAACGAGUCGUCUGAUCGCCGCUCCUCGAAUCAGAUUUCUCCCCCGUUUUGGUACACUCUGCGUGGAACGGUGCCCGGUGGAACGUGCGGAGAUAUGCGCGUGCUAUCGAUCACGCGGCCCGAUCGCGCGGAUAUGUGAUACCGGAAGUAGGUACGGCAGGCUUGACCUGCGUGCAGGUGCUCCAAGGUGCGUACCACGUAUGCGUACAUACAUAGGGGCGAGCAGCGACAGAGCAGAGAAGGGUGCGCGAGAAGAGGCCGCGUGUCAGGGCCAGUCGUGAAGAUGCACGCCACCGACGCCGUCGCCGUGACGGCGUCCCUGCCGUCAUCCACGUCCUCCGUGUCCGUCUCGAGGAAGCCCGGUUAUGCGGUCAGAUUCGUCUGCGUGCUCCUCGUGUUCUGCUGGGUCGUUCAGGAUCGGUUGGUGCUCGGCACAUCCGAGCCACCGGAACUGUCCACGGUCGAAGACUUAACCGAGAGGGGGACGAAAAAAUUCGGCGACGACUGCGUGGUCGAUCGCGAAUGCGGUUUCACCGGCUCUUACUGCGAACCAAAGAAGAACAAAUGUGCGUGCAGGGAGGAAUUCGAGGCGACGAACCAUAUCGACAAAUGUGGACACCCGGCGAACGUGAACGAGUCGUGCUUCUUUCACGAGCAAUGCGAGGCGAGGGUGAGCCAGACGGAGUGCAGGGACGGCCGCUGCAUUUGCAUCUUCGAGAAGAUCCCGGUUACCCAGCCUGACGGCGUGAUUGUGUGCGUCGCCGAGCAGAAAGAGGAACCCAAUCUCCAAUAUAUCGACCCAACGAUGAUCGGUGUCCUCGUUGGUAUGGCCCUCAUGUUCAUCAUCAUCUGUGUCGUCCUUAGGCUUUUCAGCAAGGCUCGCUGGCGCGAGAAUCGUACCAUCUUCAACACGCCGAACGCCCGCCUGAUGAACGUGUCGUUGCUGAGGGAGAAUAAACUUCUGCACCCGCAGGAAAGACGCGGUUCGAGGGCCAGCGUACGGGUUCCCUCGAGGCAACCCUCGAUGGCCUCCUUACGCGCCCACUCGCCGAACGCCUCGCAAGGGUCACGAACAGGAUCACGACGAGGGAGUCGUGGAAGCAGCGGGAACGCGUCGGCCGUUUCGUCGAAAUCGAACAAGUCACCGCCAAAUCAGCCCAGCAACAUGACGGAGACAGUCCUGGAGAACGUCACCGUCGAAAUACUCGAGGCCAAGGCGUAGGCCCGCUGGAGAACGGAAGUAACCCCUCCACGACCAUCGUUGCACCGCCAUUUUCUUCGACGACGGUCGCGUGGUCGCUUCUCGGUCGAAGGAUCGUCCGGGUUCGCCUUCGAACCGACACUAAGCGAUACUCUUCUUUCGAAACGUACAAAUUCGACGCUACUUUUCUCCUUUUUAUUAUUCAAGAACAAUUUCCGAAGAUUCGCCCGUUCGCGUCUUACGUCUGCUGCUUCGGCACAAGAUUUACUACGAUCUACGCGAGUCUGCGUAUCGCCUCUACUCUGGCCUCUACUUGGCCAUCCUUUGUCGUCCACGGAUAGAGGUUCGAAAGUGUGAAAUCUUUGGGAUGAAACUUAAAAUGCGUGAAAUCAGAGACGUUUAGUUUGAGAAAACCGAAGAAUAAGAUGAUACUCCUCGUGCUCGAAGGAUGGACGAGUUGAAUUCGCAAUUUUGAUAAAGUUAGACAAAACUUAUUUGCGGUAUCGUUGUGGAAAUAGUUUGAUAUUCGGCGUAUUUUGCACACAGAAAUGAUAACGCGAUGUAUUCGAAGAAUCCCAUAGGUCGAUUAGAUUCUGUUGUAUUUGGAAACGAAGAGAGGAAAUCGCGUGAGGAGCGUACCUAUUUUCUACGAGUAAAAGAGAAAAAGAAGCUCAUGAUUCGUUUACUUAUUCGUCUACCGUGAGGCACCAAUUUCUUCGCCAUCGGUCUAUUCGUUUGCUAUAGACUCGCGUUACAGACGGGCCAACGAAAUCUGGAGGCGAAACAUAGCAGUGACGAUGGAAGGUUUGUGUCUCCUUGUUGUCCAAGGAAACACGGAACCUUGUAUCGAUUCGAUAUGUUUUACUGGACCAAACGACAGCGUACAUUUCGCCAUUAAUGGUCACUUUCGCUAAGAACCCAUCGCUUCAAGCUAAUCAAUCUCUACGGGGCUAGAAAGAAAUUCGUAUUUUAUAAACGACACUGUCGAACCAGUACACUCGACGCGUUGAUCGAUCUUUCUAUAUGUGCGAACAAUCGUUUUAGACCUGCGCCAAACGGCGAUCCAUCGAUGAACGCGGAUCAACAAUCAGUCAGAGAGAUAAUCCUCGAGUCCAUCGCAUUCUGUCUUUUACCUCUGCCAUCUCGCCGUCUAUUUUCAACGUUGCUACAUCACUCUCCUCUAAUUUCCAAAUUUUUCGAAUCGAUCCAUUUCCCAACGCGAGAUUACACCGUGACAUCACCGACUCCUCAUUACGUUCGACGAUCCAUGAUAGAACAGCAGACCCGCGAGAUUUCGAAUCGACCAGAGCUAAAAGACGGGACUCCGGUGUCCUAACUACGCUUUAUCGUAGGUAUUUCAUAUCGUCAGCUGGUCUGGUACAAAAUCGAUACGCGUUAUUAUCGUACGAAGGGAUCGAGUAGGUGUCAGCUGCGGGAAACGCGAGUUAUUAUCGAGGAUGAAGAAGAUCGCCUGGGAGACAUGUCAGGCAGAUCCUUUCCGCGGGUACGUGUUCCCAGCACGAUAUCGACGACGAAGUACCUCGUAGGUCGUCCAUGCCAGGAGAAGCCAUUUUUCUGGUUUUUCUUUAUCGAGAAGCCAACACGAAUGGGACCAGACGAAGUGUGUUUGAACCGACAUCGUGUGGGUAAACCAAUUAAGCCGCGUGAUAAUUAAGCACACCUUCAGGCAGAGAUCUAUCUGUUUUGCGAUAAACACGUUUAAAGUAAGGAUUAACAAGAAGUCGUGCACGGCCACGUUACGUGUAACAGAGGACGAAAGGCACGUCUGUAGUUGCACCCCAAGCCACGGUCGUUUCUCAUAGCCACGAGAUUCGUAGGCGUUACACCGUUCACACACGAUCGAUCGUUCGUCCGACUUAUCCUUAUCCUUUAUCGCUUCGAAUCGAGUGUUCCACGAAGAUUUACUUUCUGUCGCUUCUGCAAACUUCGCGAACGUUUCUCACACGACCCCGUAUCUCUAGCAGGCUAUCUACAGCGAAGCGCGAGCUUCGUUCGUUGCUCGAGAAGAAAGAUCCCUCGUAGGUCAAACAUACGCGUCCGACUGAUCGAAUUCGAGUCGCGUAAACCUUCGAUUUGGAACUUGUUAGAAGAAACGUGGAAGAGAAUGAGAGAGAACGAAAGGGAAAACGGACGAAAUCGCCUCGAAGUAAUUUCACCUUAGAUGGAGCACCGACCAAAUGCAUCGUAUAUACGCGUUCAUACGACCGUGUUGCCCUAUUUGUUAAUCGCACAAGACCUCGUUAACGAGGUGCUAACGAUCUGACGAAGAUCUUCACACUUUACACACGCAUGGAUCAGUAUAUUUAGACGUACACGUACACGUCGAAAUCAUCCUAUUUUUCCUUUUCUCCUUCCCGAGUAAGUAACGAUAAUCAUCGAUAGUCCGGUACGAUUGUAUCUCAGCA